UUGUGACAAGCAGCGGACGACCGUCGCCCGUUCCGUUCGCCCGAUAGAUCAGAUCCCCGCCGUGAGAUCUGUCCACACCAUCCCCAUCCAUCCCCAAGCAACGUCGUCUCGUCGCGAAUAUCCGUAUUUAGCAUCUUUUUUUUGGUUCCAACUCUGUUUGUCAACCCCAAUCAUCGACCCCCGACAAAAGAAAGAACGAAAAGCGAACGCGUACAACGGACGUAUAACGUAAACAAUCCUUUGUGAAGUGCAAAACAUAUUUCUUCGAAUUUUUUUUUCAAGUGAGAUUUUCCAAGGGAUAAUCAAACAGCAAACAGCAAUCACCAUCUGGGCAGCUCUAACCCCACUGGCAUGAUGCUGCUACGUUUGACCUUGCUGGCGACGCUCUGCCUCUGCGCCGCCCAGGCGGUGCUCAAUGGCAAGGAACUGAAGCGCCGUGAGGCAGGCUUUGACACAUACGGGCCACCGCCCCGACCGGCACCACAGUACGGACCACCGCCCCAGCAGCAGCAGCAGCAGCAGCACUUGCCCCAUCGCGAGUACGGUGUGCCGCAGCAGAUACCCUUCCGGGAGUAUGGACCCCCCGCCCUGAAGUACGGACCCCCCAAGCUCAAUUUCCUGGGCGGCGGCGGUGGUGGCGGUGGCUCCGGAUCGCUGGGCGGUCUGCAUGAGCAGAUCAAGACGCACUUCGGUGUGCCCAAACCCUUCUACGGACCACCUCAUAUCCAGCACAAGCCAGCGCCGCAGUACGGACCGCCCAAGCAGCAGUACGGCCCACCACCACCACAGCCUGCCCCGCAGUACGGGCCACCACCACAGCCUGCCCCGCAGUACGGGCCACCGCUGAAGAUCCAGCACCGCCCAGCGCCACAGUACGGCCCACCAAAGCCGCAGUACGGGCCACCACCGCAGCACCUGCCAUCGCCCCAUUCGGCGCCGCUUUUCAAGCCCGCCCAUCAGCCGGCUAGCUCGUACGGACCACCCGCCUCGGGACCCCUGAAUCUGCCGCCCAAGCCGCAUUACGAUGCGCCGCCACCAAAUUAUGGACCCCCACCGCUGCCCAUCUCGCUGCCGGGGCCCCAGCCGGCGAGCUUCAAUCGCGUGCCAGAGACGACGAUCAUUCUGACAUCCGGUGGAGGCGGCCACGGACACGGACAUGGACAUGGACAGGGACCGAGUGGACCUAGUGGACCGGGAGGACCUUUGAAGCAAGUGCAGAUCCAAAUUGAUGCCACAGGGCACACGCACAGCGUGAGCGGCUCCCAGGCGCCCUUCCACACGGCCUGCGAUGGCUGGAAGCCCAUACCGGCACCGAUUGGCGCCUACGUGGAGCAGAAUCACAUCGAAACGCAGGGCGGCUACAGCCACGUGGCCCAGGGGCAGGGCAGUGCAUUCGGUACCCAGUACAGCGGAGGCGUGGGAGGAGGCGUGGGCGCCACCGGAGGAGGCGGCGGCAGCAUCAUCGAUGGCCUGUCCGACGAGCAGCUGGUGGCCGUAGCCCUGCAGGGCGGCAACGAUGGCGGCAAUCUAAUCACUGGCCCUGGCGCUGGACACUUCAACUCCAUCGAGUCAGAAGCUCUCCAGCUCUCCAUUGGAUCCCUGGAUGAUUCGUACUCGAAGCCCCCGUCGGACUCCUUCGCCCCUGGAUCCGUGCAUGCCCAGAGGUAUCAGACAAUUGGCUCUGGCCUGCCCCCUCCACCACCACCCAAUGGCAACUACGGGCCACCACCGCCACCCAACGGUAACUACGGACCCCCGCCCAAUGGCAACUUUGGACCUCCACCACCACCCAAUGGCAACUACGGGCCGCCGCCGCCACAAUUUGCGGCACUUACCAGCAGCCAAUCGAGCAGCCACGCCCACUCCCAGUCGCAUUCAAAUGUGAACAUUCAGUACGGUCCGCCGUCGGGUAACCCACAGCCAUUCCCCCAGCACGGAGCCGGACAGCCCAACAAGCCGGUGGCCUAUCGCCCACCAGUGCCGGCUGGCCUCCUGGAGUCGAUUGGAGCCACUGUCCAGCAUUUGGAUCAGUUUGGUGUGAAGCCAGCCCAGCAGCCGCAGACGUACAUACCACCAGCCGCCAAUGAGAUACCCGUGGGAGGCGGUGCACCGCUGCCCGCACCACAGGCCUUGUACCAGCCGCCGCCACCACCACCACAACAGGGCUCGGCCCCGGGGAUUGUGCAACAGCAGCUGCCACAGCCACAGGCAGGACCCGCAUUCAUUCACCAGAAGCCAGGAUCCCUGCAGCAAUAUGGGCCACCCGGACCACCACCACCGCCAGAGCCCCAGUAUCUGCCGCCACCACCGCCAGUGGCGAAUGUGCGUCCCCUGGGACCACCACCGCCACCAUCACAGCAGUACCUGCCACCUCAGUUCUUCCAGCAACAGCAGCAGCAGCACCAUCACCAGCAGCAGCAGCAGCAGCAGCACUCUGAGAACAGCUACAGUGCCUCGCAGUUCCAGCAGCAGUUUGUCCACAACCAGGGACUGCCAUUGCCGCAGCAGGCGCCACGUUUCAAUCAGAUCCCACAGCAACAUCAACAUCAACAGCAGCAACAACAGCAGCAGCAGCAACAGCAGCAGCAGCCCAUUAUUGUCCACGAUUGUGGACAUGGACCCAAUCUUGUGAGCAGCAAUGGCUACCAGGUGCAGCAGCAACAACAGCAACAGCAGCAGCAACAGAUCCAGCAACAGCAACAGAUCCAGCAACAGUUUGGCAGCAUCUCGGCGGCAUCUGCUGGUGCCUACAAUGCCAUUGCCCAGAGCAUUCCCGUGGCCGAGCAGCAUACACAGUUCUUGACGGGUCCCGCCGACAGCUACGGACCACCGCCAUCCGGCAAUGACUUGGACUACGAUCAUGCAGGCUACGCCUCGCAGAAGAACUCAGUGGCGGCAUUGCCCGAUGGUACGGAUCCCCAGCAGCUGCCCGGUUUGGAUGGCCUCAAUGUGAUCUCCGCCCAGAAAUCGCAGAGCAUUCAGCUUGGUUCGGGACAGCAGCCCCAGCAGAACUUCCAGGUGCAGUUUGGUGGUUCCCUGAGCCAGGGAGGCGGCAACGGCAACGGUCCUCAGGGCAAUGCCGGUGGCGAGCAGGGUGCCAAUCACGAGGAGAUCCUCUCGCAGGGUCUGCUCCAGUCCAUCCUCACGGCCAUCGAGCAGCCCCAGAACCAGCAGCAACAGCAGCAAUCACUGCCACAGAACCACAAGGCGCAGAGUCGCUCUGAUUUGGAUCAUGAGCAGGAGCAGAUUGAGGCGGAGGAUGAUGUCAUGGAUGUGGAUGAAGAGGAGCACGAGCAUCAGGGUGGAUCUGCCUCCAACAGAGUGGAGGUGCGCGUCCUGCCCGAUGCUGAUGCCCUGGAGGAGGAGGUGCCCGCUGAUGUCAAGGAGAUCGAGCCCAUCGUGGCCGCCGAUCUGCCCGAGGAGGAGGCCAAGCACUAGAAGAGUCCGAUCUUCAUGGGAUCGGAACGAAUCAGUCACUAGUUAUCAUCGUUAUCCAAUCCUUAAUCAUCCCACGCCGCUUGAAUCUUAUUUAUUGCUGCCUCAUCCCAUUUAUCCCAUUCCUCCCUCUUAAUAAUCGACUAAGCCUACUCGUUGCAUUAACUCGCUGC